AUGGCAGAAUCAAUUCUAUUUGACAUUGCAACUGAAGUUAUGAUGAAAAUAGGCUAUCUUGUGGGUCGAGAAUUGUCCUUGUUGUGGAAUCUUGAAAGCAGUUUAAAAAGCCUUGCGGGAACCCUAGGCACUAUCAGAGUUGUGCUCUCGGGUGCUGAGAAAAAGCAGGCAGAAGAUGAUCAGCUGUGUGACUGGCUUGGGAAGCUUAAGGAUGUUCUCCUUGAUGCUGAGGACAUUUUAGAAAAAUUCUAUCAUAAAAUCAAGGAGAUUAGAGAAAGGCUAGAUCAGAUUGCAGGUGAUAGAAGUAAAUUUUCUCUUAUUGAGAGUACUCCUGUUGAAGUUAGGCAUGAAAUUCCAAAGGACAGAGAAACUGAUCCUUUCUUGGGGGCUUCUUGUGCUAUUGGAAGAGAGGAUGAUAAAGAAAAUAUCAUGAGCUUUUUAAUGCAACCAACCGACAUUAAUGUCUCGGUCAUUCCAAUAGUUGGAAUAGGGGGUUUGGGUAAAACCACUCUUACUAAAAUGGUUUACAAUGAUGAAAGAUCGCAUAAAUGGAUUGACUUGAAAGACUUACUGGUGAAUGGUGUCAAUGGAAGUAAAAUUAUCGUGAGCACACGAAGUAAAAGAGUUGCAGAAAUAAUGAGCACUGGUCCCUCAUAUUUUUUGCAAGGUCUUUCCAAUGAGGAAUCCUUGUCAUUAUUUAAGAAGUAUGCAUUCAAAGAUGGAGAAGGGAAAGAUUUUCCAAGGCUCAUUGACAUUGCGAAGGACAUUGUAGGAAAAUGUAAAGGAGUUCCGUUGGCUGUGAAAUCUUUAGGGAGCUUACUUUAUGCAAACACGGAUGAAUGUGAGUGGUUGAAAAUAAAACAAAAUGACAUCUGGCAAGUGGAUCAAGAUAAUGAAGACAUCUUACCAGUGUUGAAAUUUAGCUAUGAUCAGUUGCCAUCUCCCUUGAAGCGAUGUUUUACUUAUCUUUGCUUGUUUCCAAAGGAUUCCGAGUAUCUUAGUUCUUUGGUGGCCUAA